AUGUCGUUUCGGAUUCGAAUGGUCAGUUUGUUCUCGCGAACCGAGGAGGAGAAAUUGGUGGCUUUUGCUCAGAUGGAUCACGAAAAGCGAGUGCGAUCAUGUGACGCCUAUAUCGUUGAUGCUGAGGAGUACUAUUUUGAGCGAUCUUCUGUUUUAUUCGAUGCCGUUUUUAAAUACUAUGCAACAGGCCAAUUACACCGGCCGUUAGACGUAUGCCCUCAAGAGUUCGCCAACGAACUUUCAUACUGGAAAGUUCCCGAGUCUGUCAUGUCCAGUUGUUGUUGGCGCGGCUACAAUCAGCUGUAA